AUGCAUGCGAUCCUGCUGCUGUGGCCCCUGGCGCUGGGGCUCAGCCUGGACGACGGCACCCAGACCCCCAACAUGUACGACGAGGGUGGGAGCGUGGGGGACGGUGACAGUGACGCCACUCCUGGCCCACUCCACCCUCGCAGCUUCCCCGGCCAGGCCCGCGCCAACGACAGCGACACUCUGGAGCUCCCGGACAGCUCUCGGGCGCUGCUGCUGGGUUGGGUGCCCACGAGGCUGGUGCCCGCGCUCUACGGGCUGGCCUUGGCGGUGGGGCUGCCUGCCAACGGGCUGGCGCUGUGGGUGCUGGCCACCCGGGUGCCUCGGCUGCCCUCCACCAUGCUGCUCAUGAACCUGGCGGCCGCCGACCUGCUGCUGGCCCUGGUGCUGCCGCCACGCAUCGCCUACCACCUGCGGGGCCAGCGCUGGCCCUUCGGCGAGGCUGCCUGCCGCCUGGCCACGGCCGCACUCUACGGCCACAUGUACAGUUCUGUGCUGCUGCUGGCUGCCGUCAGCCUGGACCGCUACCUGGCCGUGGUGCACCCGCUGCGGGCCCGCGCCCUGCGAGGCCAGCGCCUCGCCACCGGGCUCUGCAGUGCAGCCUGGCUGGUGGCGGCCGCCCUGGCGCUGCCCCUGGCACUGCAGCGGCAGACCUUCCAGCUGUCGCACUCAGACCGCGUGCUCUGCCACGACGUGCUGCCCGUCGGUGCCCAGGCCUCCUACUGGCGGCCAGCCUUCACCUGCCUGGCGGUGCUUGGCUGCUUCCUGCCCCUGCUGGUCAUGCUGCUGAGCUAUGGGGCUGCCCUGCGUGCGCUGGCCGCCGCCGGCCGGCGCUACAACCACGCACUGCGGCUGACAGCGCUGGUGCUGGCCUCGGCCCUGGCCUUCUUUGCGCCCAGCAACGUGCUGCUGCUGCUGCACUACUCCGCCCCACGCCCCGAUGCCUGGGGGGACCUGUACGCGGCCUACAUGCCCAGCCUGGCGCUCAGCACCCUCAACAGCUGUGUGGACCCCUUUGUCUACUACUACGUAUCGGCCGAGUUCAGGGACAAGGUGCGGGAGGGGCUGCUCCGCUGGGCGCCAGGGGGCGCAGCGGCCUCCAAGGAAGGGGGCAGCGCGGGGAUGGGCACGAGGUCCUCCUCGCUCGUGUGA